GACAAUCUGGAACCAUGCUCAAUCUUAUUUAUCGUCAGACGAAGAGGAUUUAGGAAGAAGAUAGACCUGUCGGAUGCUGCUCAGCCGCACCCGUUCAUGAGCCCAAAUUUGAGCUCUGGCAGGAAUGGCGUUUUUGCCGAAUCGACGAAGAUAUACCGUGGCCUGCUUGUUUAUCGGUUUUGCCCUCAAUAUAUGCUUUCUCAUGUGGAUGAGUGCAACUCAAGACACCAGUGAGCACUUUGAUAUUGCGGGGGACAACCGCAUGAGUAAGAAAGGUUUUGUUCCCGACGCCGGUUUCCCCAGCCCGGGAGAACUUUCUGGAUCCACCGCAGUCAGGCUCGAUUCCAGAGAUCCCGCCAUGAAUUUCGACCAAAGCCAAGUUUUGAAUCAAUGGGACGGAGAAUGCCACAUAAAAUAUAAUGAGUUCGCUUUCCCCGACCAUGGAUGUUUGGUGAACGCUCCUUCAAUGCGAGCGCACUGUCAGCUUGAAAAUUUACUCAUUGACAAAACAAAAGUAUUCUCGGAAUCGAUUGGAGGGGAGCCGCUCCUCUCUGUACUAGGACAAAACGGAGAAGGCGAAUUUUUACGUUACGAGAAAGGCGCGCUUAAAAUACUGCGAAAGGUUGAUCAUUCACUUCAGCCAGUGCAGAAAAGCCGCUUUCACUACUUGAACGGUGUGUUCGAGGCGGUUGUGGUACAUCCGGGCGGCGAAGCGCUCUGCGAAGAAAAGUGGACUGGCACAACACUCUUUAUUACACGAUAUGAAUACGUCAACCUAUACCAUACCGUGACUGACUGGUGGAACUGUUUUUUCUCAAUCUCGGAUCACACCAGUCCCACAAAUGUGGUCUUUUUGGACGCGCAUCCCGAGGGCAGCCUCGAUCCCGUUUGGAAAGACUUGUUUCGAGGGAAGAUCGCUUUUAUGAAUCAUUUGGAAAUGUCGAUGACUUGCUUUGAACACGCAAGGUUUAUUCCCCCAGGAUACUCUGCCCCGUUAUAUCCCCUCCCGCGGCCCAGAGAAUCAAAUUGUCGAAGCCCUGUCCAAAUGAGCUCAUUCGUUGAUUAUGUCCUGAACACGUAUAAUCUAAGUCACAUACACAGGAUCCCCGGCCGUGUGGUCAUCUUGGAACGAAUACCAUACUUGGAUCACCCUCGACGAGAUCUGAACAAAGUUGAAAGGCUUCUCACAAACCUCAGGCCUCUUGCCGAAUCACUUCCCCAACGCUUGACUCCCUACUACGGCGUCAAUGUUACUGUGGAAGUUGCUGCCUUGGUCGACAAGCCCAUGAACGAACAAAUACGGACCAUUCGAGAAGCACAUGUCCUGGUUGCCAACCACGGUGCGGGCUUGACGCAUUCCAUAUUUUUGGACGAUGCUACUCACGUAGUCGAGAUGAGCUGCGACAACGAGUUUUUUACCGAGUUGAUUUCUUGGAAGCCGAAUGUGAGACAUCACUGCCAGCCAAUCCUAGCGGAAACGAUACCCGAUUUUUAUUGGGAUAGAUUCGUUGUGUCGGUGGUAGAGGCAGCGAUCAAAAGGGAGAUUGGGAGGACAAUUAAGAGUACCUUAUUCUGAGCUGUCUUUUGAUGGAACUAUCACACAGACAGCAAAAUUGGGCAAAACGACCAAAAUUAUGUGUUGUACAUAUCAAAGGAAUGAUACAAAGGGCUAUGGCACCUUGUAGACCGUCGGGUAAGCUCUAGCAAUGCACAAACACCUGCAUAGCUUGAAUAGAAUACGUCUAUCGGACUAGUUUGGCUACUCUGUAAAAUCUAGUGAACGCUAUCAGAGUUGCGAGCCCUCCUGCCCAGAUAGCUUCAAUAGGGACAAAUCCUCUCCUAGAUGGAUUUGUACCAAACCCCAUCGCAAGGCGAUAGUCUCUUGGAUAGAUAUCCACAUCCACGCUGUUCUUACGUCGUGCGGCGUAGCUCUUGCGAUAAAAGGGACCACACAGGACACCGACAAUGACUCCUCCCAAGAAACCUCCAGCAUGGGAUGCGUUACUGAUGCUAGCGUUUAGUAAACCAUAUACGAGAAUGAAGAUCAUGCCUCGAGCGACUCGGCUAGCUGCUCGCAUGUUUCCCAUCUUUACCAGAGAGGUAUACAUGAGACCGUAGAGCCCGCAUAUACCCCCGCUGGCACCCAGACAAAGCAUGUGUUCUGCACUUUCUAGAUUCAUAAGUGUAUGCCCAAAGUUCCCUGCCAUUACCGAAAGGAGAAAGGUCGUUAGAUACAACCCACGACCGAGCCCAGACUCCAACCAAGACGGAAGUCGCAAGAGAGCAUCCAUGUUGAGAAUCAAAUGAAGAAUGCCGCCGUGUAGAAAUCCCGCCGUUAAGUAUCGAUAUGGCUGUUGUCGUGAAAGUGCUACAGAAUGGGCAAAUCCUUUCGUCAAAGGGCCCAGAAUUGAGGAUCCCCAAGUUGCAUCGAAAACGAUUGAUACAGCUUGCUCUGGCCAGUAGGAAGGAUGACGUCGUCGAAUCAGGUCGACCGUUGUGUAAACUUGGUACGCAAACAUCGCAGCAUUCGCAGCGACCAAGGCAUUGCGCGCCGGUUGAGCUUGCCAAUCCUUGCCAACAAGUCGUCUUGCCUUUCUCCUAAUACGUACAGACCAUCUUCUGUCAUCGCCUUCCCAAUGUUCAGUCGGACUUUUCCCCCAAACAGUAUAUACACUCCUGACUUGCACAGGACGACCAGGUAGUGUUAUGAAGGCAUGACACAGUGUAGUGAGGUGCGCAAAACAUAUUAUAGCCACUAGUAGCCAUACGCCUCUAUUCCUUUGCCACCUUUUCCGAGUCCGCAGUUCCGGACCGUCCAUUGGAGGCUUCAACAUUCCUUGGAAACUAAGGUUGAUAGACUUUUGGCCCUCUGUAGUUGACUUCGCUACUUACAACUUUGCAUUCGGUUUCACAGCGUUCGCCCCUACAAUUCACCAAACGUUUACAAUACGGUCAUACAAUAGCUUACAGUCAUCCC